AUGAUAAAGAAUAUCACUAGUUCUGUAUUUCUAUCAUUAGAUGGUGCUAGCGAUGAAAGAUUUAAUGAUAUUUACAUUUAUAUCGCAUCUAAAGCAAUCGAUAAAAACAGUCAAAUUAAGCUUAGCUAUUUAACAUCGAUCUUACAUGAAGAAGUGCCCGAUAUUUCUAGCAGAAAUAAAUCUACCGAUGACAAUGAAGAUAAAGAAGAUCUACCUGAAGACAAAAUGAUGUUUAACAAUAUAAGUUUUAAAACAUACAAUAAAUUAUUUGAUUAA